CUGCAAAACAUCUCUAUGCUGGCUAGGAGAUUGUCCUGCUCCCAGCGCCUCCCUCUAGAGCCAGUGACCACUUCUACAAGCCUGGUGCUCAGUCUCCUACAUAUAUACAUUGCGGGGGAAACCAAACAUUGCAAGGAUCUAUUAAUAGAACUUAUGAUACAGGGAGUAAAAAUUCGCCAUGAUCCCACCUUGGAUAUAACCGCUAUGAAUCACCGAUUGCGCGGCCUCUUGCUUCUGGGCAGUGCAGGGCUGCGUCAAGCUCUGGCUCACUCUCACGCGCGGCUGGGCGGGCGAACAGGCGAUGUCGAGGGAGAAGAGAGCCACUUGGUCAGGAAACCAGAUACAAAGUUUUGGAAGAUGAUGAGAGACAGCGAGAGCAAGCCGGACACAAUGGUCACCUUCCUGCAAGCAAACAGCCCCUCCUGGCAGCCUGCAGGCCCCGAGGAUGAGGACCCUAGCCUGGAUGAAUAUGACCUCUACAGCCUGACCCAUUCCUACCUGGGAGGUGGAGGCCGAAAAGGUCGCACCAAGAAAGAAGCUGCCACCAACACCAACCGCCCCAGCCCUGGCGGGCAUGAGAGGAAGCUGGUGACCAAGCUCCAGAAUUCAGAGAGAAAAAAGCGAGGGGCACGGCGCUGAGAUGGAGCUGGAGAUGAGGCCAGACCACGGACACCACACCCAGCAAUGGAGACAGGACUACAGAGGAAUGAAGCUCUGGGGAUAGGAUCCAGGCCUGCUUGCCCCACCCCCUACCCCAGGACUUACCCCACCUGAUUGAAUCACUGAGGGGCUGCCAAGGGAGCACCACCAAUCCCAGCAAAAGAGCAAGAUAGAAAGCAAGAGGCAGGGAACUGAGAAGUGGGGGCAGGAAGGCACCCCCAGAAAAGAAAGCCACCGAGGAAACUGGAAUUCUCCCUGGUGGCUGCCACAAUAAACAAAGUACAGCAGCUGCA